AUGCAGCAGCUGCUGGCAGCAGUUGAGGCCCAUGUGACUCUUGCUGCAGUAGAUGUGCUGCAGGAGGAGACUGCAGCAGCAACGGGACUCAGCCCGGGGGACAUUGUGGUCGCCCUCAACAAGCAGCAGCAGCAGGAGCAGCAGCAACAGGAGCAGCAGCAGCAACAGGAGCAGCAGCAGCAACAGGAGCAGCAGCAGAAACAGGAGCAGCAGCAGCAUAACGAGCGUCGGUCCAUUCUUCGCCGCAAGGCAGCAGAGGAGCAGCAGCGGGGAGACACGGGAGAGCCUGCAGCACCACCUGCUGCUGCCACUCCUGCUGCAGCAAAUGCUGCUGCUGCUGCUGCUGCUGCUGCUGCUGCUGCUGAAGAGGGGGCCGGCUCAAGGCGCCCCUCCGUCAACUUUGCAGAAAGCCACCCUUCGUGCUUUUCAUACCCAAACGCAAACCCAGGGGCAGUUCCUCCCCUGAGAAACCCCCCACUGCGCUGCGUUCGGUUUUGGCAGCAAGUGGCCAAGUGGGGCCCCCAACCCCCAGGGAGGUUUGGCCAGGGGGCCUCAGCUGUGGGGCCCCUCAUGGUGGUGUUUGGUGGGGUUGCUCUGUACCCUUUUGGGGGCCCCCCUUUUGCUGCUCGCCGGGGGGCCUCGGAGGGGCCCCCGGGGCCCCUCAAGAAGCUGCUGCUGCGCCGCAGCAGCAGCAGACGCGCGGCGCCCCCCAGGCGCUGCAGCAGCAGCAGCUGCUGCAGCAGCGCGGGCCUUACCGGCGCACACAGGAGAAGGAACAGCGGCAAGCAGCAGCAACAGCAGCAGCAGCAGCAGCAGCAGCAACAGCAGCAGCAGCAGCAACAGCAGAAGCAGCAGCAGCAGCAGGAGAGCGCCUCUGAGAGGCGGGAGAUGCUGGAGCGGCUGCGGAAAGCCCGCGCAGCUUUGGACGCGGGAGGGGAAGCGCUGCAGCAGCAGCUGCGGCAGCAGCAGCAGCAGCGGAAGCUGCAGCAGCAGCAGCAGCUGCAAGAGGCCCUCAGGAAAAAUGUUCGUUUGCUGCAGCCGAAACUGCUGGGCGACUUAUGGGCAUAUGACAUGGAAGAAGACACGUGGCUUGAGCUGCUGCCUGGCAGCCAGCAUGCUGCAGCAGCAGCAGAGAGCCCUGCUGCUGCUGCUGCUGCUGCUGCUGCUGCUGACAGCAGUUUGCUGCCAUGCCCCCGCAGCUUCAUGUCUCUCACUCUUUUUAAAUCUUCCGCAGAAGGCCCCGUGUUGGUUCUUUACGGAGGCAUCGACUCAGAGGGCAAAGUGUAG